CGUGUGUUGUGUUCAUCUAUUUACAAAGAGGACCCAAUUCAGCAAAAAGCUUGAAAUAUGAAAACCAUUUAACCGUUGAAUGGUAAAGGGAUGCGAGGCUGAAAAUUUGCAUGAGUUCAUCUCUUUGCUUGACAGGGAAAUCAUCUUUCUUAAUUUUUUUGUAGCUUCAAAUUGGUUUGAAUAAUAGUGACUGCAGUUUCUCACUCGGUAUAAAAAGCCAUGGCAGAGAGAAACCAUAUAAGCGCCAGGGGCAUCGAUGGGGAAAAUCCUAGGUUGUCAUCUUUGUGUUCAGUGGAAUCUGGCAGUAGUUGCUUCGCGUGUAAAUUUCCUGGUCCAAACUUUUUGAAGACAACUAGUGACUAUCAGAAUAUCACAGUUCAUUCUGUUACUAAAUGCUCUCCUUCACCUGUAAUCUCUUGCACAGAAAAGCCUCAAAGUUCUAAUAUAUCACAAGUUAUGGACGCAAAUACAGAACAUGGUCAAUCACAGUCUUCUAAUAAAUCAGCAUCAUCUGGGGUCCUGCGAGAUGUACAUAUUUCAGCUCGGUUAAUGGAAGAUUUCCUUGAUCUUGCUAAAGAAAACACGGAGAAGGAUCUAGAAACCUGCGGGAUUCUUGGCGCUUUUCUUAAAAAUGGAACAUUCUAUGUGACAACUCUGAUCAUACCCAAACAGGAAUCAACUUCCAGCUCUUGUCAGGCAACUAACGAUGAGGAAGCUUUUGCCAUACAAAACGAACACUCACUUUUUCCGGUUGGAUGGAUCCAUACACAUCCUUCUCAACGUUGUUUCAUGUCAUCAGUGGAUUUGCACACUCAUUAUUCGUAUCAGGUUAUGAUACCUGAGGCUUUUGCCAUUGUCAUGGCUCCAACUGAUACCUCAAGGAGCUAUGGAAUAUUUCGGCUAUCUGAUCCUGGCGGGAUGAGUGUCGUGAAAGCGUGCCAGGAGCAAGGAUUUCAUCCUCACGGAGAAACAACUGACGGGAGUCCCGUUUUCGAGCACUGCUCUAAUGUAUACAAGAAUUCAAAUCUGAGGUUCGAAAUCUUCGACUUGCGUUGACAUAAUGCCUGUUUAGAAUUUGCAAGAAUUUGGCACAGUGAACCCUUGGAACAGAGCUUUAGAUAAGGUUUGUAUGACAUAAUAAUGCAGAUAAACCCUACCGUGACAGUAAUAUGUAAUAUAGGUAACGAACGGUAAAAAUGUAUCUGCAUAAUUAACCAGUGUAAAACUGUAAAUAACGUUUUGAAAUUAAGGAUGCGAAGGAAGAGAAGAUGCAGCAAUGCUUGAAGAUCAACUGGUGGUGGGUCAAAUGUUUCUCUUUUAUUCUGAACUUCUUGUUUUAACUUUUUACCCGUUGUAUAAUAAUUAUGUAUCAGUUUCUCUCGUCA